AAGAUCACUGAAAUAUGUCCUAGAUAAAUUAAAUGCGGAAGUCUGUACUGGAAUAUCGUGAUGUUGCACGAAUUAUUACUCGCACUUAGUGGAUUUCCUGGUGGCAUAUUCAUCGAAGACAAACAAAAGGGUAUUCAGGUUGUUACUGAUUUGCCUUUUAUUCACGCCAAUGAAGUGUCCGUUUUGAAUCGUCUAUGUCGUUUAGGAACGUACAACAAAAAGUUCCAAGAAUUCAUCACAGAAUAUAGAGGCACUCCCAUAUUAUUUGCAAAUGGCAAAACUCAAGAGGAUAGUAGUCGAAGAUUACAAGAUGGUUUAUACCUGAGAGCAUUCUGCAGUGGUUUAGACAAAGUCUUAGAAAAUUACAGGCAAAGUCUACUGUCCAUUGAACAAGAGAUUCUUAAGGAUGCAUAUCUAUCAUUGGGGUAUAUACAGCACAGUUUAGAAGAAUACCAGUUACUAUUUCCUGCCCUGUCUGCAGUGGUGGAUCAGAUCUUAUAUCAUAAAAUACAUGGCUGCCAUAUACUAGAAAUACUACAUAGAAAUGCUGCAUGUGGUCUUCCAUCUCUUAAGCAUGCCCUAGAAAGGAUUCUGUACACCUGCCAUGGUGUGAUGUAUAAGCAGUUAACAGCAUGGACAUUACAUGGUUUGUUAUUGGACCAUUAUGCAGAGUUUUUCAUUCAGCAGAGUUCAGAGCACACACAGACUGUUCCAAAGGAAGAUGAAGACGACUAUGAUUUGGGUAUUGGAGGAGUUACUGGUAAACAACUUAGGGAAGCUAUGAAACUUAGUGAAGAAAGCACACUAUCUCACAAACCAGAGUAUGUAUUAUUUGCUCUGCGACCUCAGAUGUUACCGAGUUAUAUACCAAGCAGACUUGCUGAAAAGAUUCUGUUCAUUGGUGAAUCCGUUCAAGUUUUUGAAAACCAGCAACAGCGAGAUGUGCUCAGACAUACAGGAUCAGUUUUAAAAGAACGAGAAGAAGAGUUUGCCAUGGAUUUGAGUAAAUUACAACAACAACCCGUCUUCUGUUUGAUGUCAUUUGAAGCCAUUAUUGACAAGAUAAGAGUAUGUGUAGCCGAGCAUUUAUGGAGUUUAGUCAUGGAAGAGUCAGAUCUAUUGGCAAACUUGAAUGUGAUGAAAGAUUUCUAUCUCUUAGGGCGGGGCGAGUUAUUUCUGGCUUUUAUAGACCAUGCACAAGGUCUCCUAAAGAUGUUGCCAACGGCUACAACAGAGCAUGAUGUCAACGCAGCAUUUCGUCAAGCUGCUCGUAGGGUAUUAUUGGAUGAUGACAGUAUAUUGUCGAAAUUCAAAAUGACAGUGCAAAGUAAAACAGUAUCGAGUAAACAAGCGCUCAAAAAAUCUGAAAUUGGUGUUGAAAGCGGUUGGAAUUGUUUAGACUUGGUGUAUACUGUUGAGUGGCCACUGCACAUUCUGUUCACUCAGACUGUGCUAGAAAAGUACAACACAAUGUUUAAGUUUCUGUUACAUAUAAAGAAAGUGCAGUUAGAAUUACAGCAUUGCUGGGCAAUUCAGAUGGAAAGAAAGAACCACACGUCCAGUCAGUUGGAUAGUAAUAUUUGGCAUCUACGCAGACAUAUGGCUUUCUUAGUGGAUAAUCUGCAGUACUACUUACAGGUUGAUGUUCUGGAGACUCAGUUUUCUCAGCUAGGAGAGAAAAUAAAAUCAACGAGAGACUUUGAAACUAUUCGUCUUUCCCAUGAUCGCUUCCUUACUGCACUUCUUGGACAAUCAUUUCUCCACAUGAAGCCAGUGGCACACUGUUUGAAGGAGAUAUUAGAUAUAUGUCACAGUUUUUGUAUGUUACUGAUACAAACCAUUAAAUUUCGGGAUAGAGAAGUUGGACAGAUUGACAAACUCGCUCAGGGCUUCAAAAGACAGUCAUCUCUCCUUUUUACCUUGCUGUCAAGUGUACGCAGUCAUGAGUCUAGCCCUUAUCUUGCACAACUUAUGUUAAGAAUUGAUUUUAAUAAAUACUACAGUCAGAGUGGUGCUGUUCUUACUGGGUAAGUUCAG